AUGGAGCAUCUUUCACAGGACGAUGCAGUCCGCACCUUCUUCUCCCUGCGGUUGUCGCAGCUGGAACACUUCGAGUCUUCAGACCUCUCCGAGCCGGAGAUCAUGGAGGCCGCCGCCUGGCUGGAGGACGCCGAGGCCCAGUCCAUGUUCGCCUGGAUCGAGCGGGACGCCGAGGGCGGCAAGCGGCUCUCGCAGGCGACUCUCUCGAGGACCGCUGCGUCAGAGAGCCGCGUGGAAGACCGACUGCCGGCACAGAUUCGCAGAGGAGCCGUGAAGGAGUUUUGCUACUUCUUCAAGAGAGAAGCGGACCAAGCGAUCACAUCCAGCAACCUGAAUGAGCAGGUCCUCUUUGGAUGCUCGAGAGGUCCCCUGCUGGACUCCCUCCUUAGCCAGAUGAACAACAUCUACGUGCCGGUUGCUUUAGCGGAUCAUGGCUGGCCAGACAACGUGCGCAAGGAGUUUACCUCCCAAGUCCAGAACUUUAUGCUGACGGUCACGGCCAUGACGCAUCAAGGCAAGGGAAGCACGGUCCUGUACAUUCCUCAGGACAACUUUGCCAACCUGGAAGCUGCUUCGAAGGACAAGGAUAUUGUUCAGCGUUUGAAAGUCGCGCUGAUCCACUGGCACCGGCAAAUCAAGGAAGUGACCACGCAGCAGGACUCGGCCAAUGAGGGGGAGAACAACGGCCCGCUGGACGAGAUCGAGUUCUGGAACGCGCGCGAUAAGACGAACCUGUCGCGCUUACACGAGCAGCUGCAGAGCAAAAAGCUCCAGGAGAUUCUGACGGUGCUGGAGCAUGCAAAGUCAGGCUGGCUCAAGAAGUUCCGAGCGCUGGAGGAGGACAUCAAGAACGGAUCGAUUGAGGCGAAGGAGAAUCUGCGGUUCCUGAACUUUUUGAAGGAGCCUUGUGAGAAAUUGGCCGCGGCCACGCCUCCAGAGAUCCCCGCCAUCCUGCCGGAGCUGCUCAACUAUGUACGUAUGAUUUGGUCCAUCUCCACGCAUUACCAGAAGGAGGACCGAAUCUCGGGACUCCUGCGGAAGAUGAGCAAUGAAAUCAUCAAGAGAUGCCAGGCCACCAUCGAGCUCUCGGACAUCUUCGCGGGCAAGGUGGAGAGCUCCAUGGUGAAGCUGCAGCAGUGCAUCGACUGCGGCCGGGAGUGGAAGCGCGCCUACCAGAAGACCGUGAGGCUCCUGUCCAAGAACACAGACCGACCAUGGAACUUUCCGGAGGGCAGCAUCUUUCUGCAGAUCGACGCCUUUGUCCAGCGCUGCUGCGAUCUCUUGGAGGUCUGCCAGGGCCUGCAGCAGUUCGCGUGCCGUUUCCGCGGCCAAGCGAUGCCCGCCUUCGGCGGCACCAAAGCAGGUGAAAUUAGCAACUCGCUCAACGAGAUCGAGGAGAACUUCCUGAAGAAUUUGCAGCGCUUGCAGCCUCCCUAUGUGGACUAUGAUAUCCUGGAUGUCCGCGCGCCAAAGUGGCCGGACCAUUUCGGUGCCUUCAAGAAUCAAAUGAGAGAUCUCGAGGUAAUGUACAUGAAUGUGAUCAAUAGCGCGUUCGAGGGCGUUGGCACGGUUCAGACCGCUUGCCAGGUCCUUGACAGCUUCUACCAGCUGGCCAAGAGGGAACGUGUGAAGGCCUUUGUGGAGAAAAAGGGGGAGACUUUGUACAACAUCUUCUUGUCGGAGCUGAAUCACAACAUCAAGAAAGAGUUCGACCAGUUCAGGAAGGCGCCGACUCUGCCCAUCAUUCAGGGUCAUCCAUCCUAUGCUGGUCCAGCGCUGGCAGUGCGGGGUCUGAUGCUCCGCAUCCAGCAGCAGAUGGCCGAGCUCGAUCAGCUGUGCUACCUGGAGUGGUGCCGAGAGCAAGAGAGCUGCCGGGACACCUUCAGCACUGUUCACGGGAACAUGGAGACCUUCGUGCUGAGCACCUUCCAAGACUGGGUGGGAGAGCUGAAGAGCAUGGACGACCAGAAUCUCUCCAAGAGGCUCCAGGUCAACUUGCUGGUGAAGCCCGAGGAGUCCACGAGCAAGUUCAAGGUGUCCCUCCUGGAGUGCAACUUCGACAAGGAGCUGCUCAAGAUGUUUCAGGAGGUCUAUUACUGGGAGAAGAUUCAGGGCAGUGGUAUCGUGGUGCCCUACUCGGCCCACGAGUUGGCGGGGCACCGCGACAAGCUCCGGAUCCUGCGGGAGCACGUGCUGCGGGUGGUACGCGACUACAAUCAGAUCAUGACGGCACUUCUUCCCGAAGAGCGGCGGCUCUUCAACCACCACAUCCGGACACUGGACCGGAAGAUCGGGCCUGGGCUCUCCAAGUUCAACUGGACCUCCGACGGCAUCAAGGAGUUCUUUGUCCGCGACAGUUGCAAGGAGAGUGUGCCAAAGUCUACGACUGGGUGA